AUGUUACACAUUUUAAAUGGUGUGAACGGAGACCUCAUCACAGCAGAGGCAAAGUACCAUAUGAACUGUUUCGCUACUUAUGUCAGUAAGAAAACCACGCUUAGCCUGCCCAAAGGAGAAGCCCUAGAUUCACCUCACAAAAGGGCUUUUCAAAACCUUGUAUUUGAUCUAGCCGCUGGUAUCGAACAAGGCAGAGCAUACGAUAUGAUGUCUCUAUUAAGCAAAUAUCAGGAAAUUAUCACACAAAAAGGCGCUGAUAGUCCGGAAAGUUACACCAGUCAAAAUCUGAAAGUAUGCUUGCAAAAGCAUUUUUCCACUUUGAUUGUCUUCCAUCAGUCAGCCGACCGCAGUAAAUCUUAACUUGUCUAUGCAAGUACCGUUAACAUUCAAGAUGUUCUAAACGCAUAUGCAGUAUUUCAGAGCCCCAAAAAUGGAAACGUAAUCGUCAACAACGGCAAUGAAACACCACAGUCAAGUGAAAUAUGUCGUGUGGCAAGCUUAAUCAAACAAGAGAUAACGAAAUGUACAGGUAUUAACACCAAACCACUAAAUACUCAAGACGUCAGCAUGGAGAGCGCCAGAUAACUCAUCCCGGACUCUCUGUAUUUACUAAUCAAGGAGCUCGUGGUCUCAGAUAAGAGGGCUAGACCCUCCAAUGCGUUGAACCAGUCUACCGCAAUUGAAGACAAACGACAAAUCCUCAGUAUCGCACAAGAUAUCAUCCAUUGCAAUUCCAAGGGACGUGUUAAGCUUCCCAAGCACACCAGCUUAGCUAUAUGUGUUCAUCAUCUGACAACAUCUAAGCGGCUUAUCGAGCUGCUAAACAGAAUGGGACAUUGCGUUUCCUACGAUGAGAUGUGUGCAGUGAAUACAAGUAUUGCAGAGGACGUUCUUGCCAAGGCUGAAGAGUUCGGUACUGUCAUACCAACUGUAAUAAAGGGUGGUUCGUUUGUACAGAUUGCCGCCGACAAUAAUGAUUUAAAUGAGGAGACUCGACGGAAAGAAUACUACGCAGGCAACCACCAUGGUUAUUUAUCAGAAAAGAACCUUUGGUCCAGAUCCACCUCCCAGCCCAGUAGAACAGAGACCAAAGCAACGUUCAUUACAGGCAACGGGUAUGGUGUACGACAUAGAACAGUGUCCAGUUCGAGGAAGACGUCCAGCUGUAACUGA